AUGUACACAAUACACGGAGUUUGUCGAGGAGAUUAUAAAGUACCUCUCCUCUUCGCUAUAACAGGAAAUAAGCGAGAGGAGGACUAUGCUGUGAUUUUUCAUAAACUACGACCGCUAUCCAGGAGGCAAGCGAGUUGUCGGAACCACAACUGCGGCUGCGAUCAAUGCGGCAAGGAGGGUUUUCCAAGAUGUUCGGCGAAGGGUUGUGCUUGGCAUCUCCCAAGGCUGAGUGAGGAAGCGGAACAGCCAUGGGAUCCUCCACUUCCUGAAAGGAAAUGGAAGAUGUGGAAGCGUCGUUCGCUGGUGGAGAACACUGAAAGGACUCCCAUUCCUACCCCGAGAGUGCUUCCACCUUGUAGACGCGAUGCAGACGCCACCCGUGGACCAAGGGCACCCUGCAUACGAGCCGUGCAGGAAUUUUCUCAAUUACUUGCGCAACACAUGGCUCAGUGGACCAUUCGAAAAGUGCAAGUAUCUGGUCCAGGUACAGAGAACAACCAAUACUGCUGA